CGUUCCAUCGGUGCGCUUUCAUAUGUUGCGGGAGUGCGAGUGAGCUCGGGGCUGCUGUCGCCAGCCGGCUCCGCCCGUGGAGAGCGUGAGGCUGGGCAGGUAUUUUUGUCCCUGUAGCAGCUCAGGGCGGGACCCAGUCACUGCCCGGAAGCUCAGCAGCGCCCGGGUGGAUCGGCGCCGGUGCCUGGCUGGGUGCCUUCCUUAGCAGGAGCGCCCAGUGCUACCAGAACUCGGUGGCGCAGGUGGUUUAAUGCUAACUAAAAAUGAAUGAAAGCAGAAAAUCAGAUGAGAAAAAUGCUGACAAUAGAAAAGAUGACAGAGAGGAGUUACUGGAAUUUACUGAGAACUUUAACCAACUUGAAUUGUUGGAAACACACAGACAUCUAAUUCCUAUAGGAACUCAGAGUCUUUGGUCAGGAGAGUCGGAUGAGGAAGAUGAAGAGGAGGAAAAAAGUGAGGAGUGGUACCAAAUGCAAGAAAAAAAAAUGGAGAACAAUCCAGAAAAACUGCUGCUUUGGGCAGCUGAAAAAAAUCGGCUUAGUACAGUGCACAAGCUCCUUUCUCAAAAGCUAGCUCCCGUUAAUGUCCAAGACGAAGAUCAGUACACUCCCCUCCAUCGAGCUGCCUACAGUGGACAUUUAGAUGUUGUGCAUGAAUUGAUUGCCCAAGGUGCAGAUGUCCAUGCACUGACAGUGGAUGGCUGGACACCUCUACAUAGUGCAUGUAAGUGGAACAAUACAAAGGUGGCUUCGUUUUUACUUCAGCAUGGUGCAGAUAUCAACGCUCAAACAAAUGGAUUGCUUACACCAUUGCAUCUUGCUGCAGGAAACAGAGGGAGUAAAGAAACACUUGAACUGCUGCUGAUGAAUCGUUACCUGAAACCGAACCUAAAAAAUAACUUGGAUGAAACUGCAUUUGAUAUUGCUAGAAGAACUGACAUAUACCACUACCUGUUUGAAAUUGUAGAAAAUUGCACAAAUUCUGUGCCAGAUUCUUAAAAAUUCUCAUUAUUUAAACUUUUGAAUGUGAAUUUCACUUACUUCCUCUUUGUAACACGGCAUUUUUUUAUACUUGCACCUAAAACUAGUGAUUUCUCCACACUUCUCAGAAAAGAUUUAAUAGGCGAUGUUGUAGAAGGGGAGGUCUCAUGAUUAAGAUUUCAUUAUUUUUGCAAAAUAAAUGACCAUAUACUUACUCAGACAUAUUAUCACUUAUAUACAAUGGGACUUGAGGUGUUCUGCAGAAUAAAGCUUUGGUAAAUUUA